AUGGUAAUUGUUCAAGCUAAUAAUAAAUUUUAUCUUGCUGUUAUUCAACAAUUACCACAAAUAGAUCUUUCAACAUCAAUUCGUUCGUCACAAGAAUGUAUUCCUGUUGAACAUUUAUUAAAUUCGACAAUACUGAAUAUGACUCAAUAUCGACGAAUAGCAUUUUUUCAUAAACUUUGUCAUAUGCAUCAUGAUCUCACUUGUUUUAUUGAUGAAGCUUAUUUAUGUUUAUGUACAAAUGAACACCAUGCUAAUUGUAUGGAAUUUAAACAUAAAAGAAAUUUUGAAUGUAAACUAAAAAAAUAUUGUGCAAAUGAAGCGCAAUGUGUACAAGAUCAUCCAAAUUGUCCAUCAACAAGAAUAUGUAUAUGUCCUGAAUGCUUUUUUGGUAAUGAAUGUCAAUUCUAUGCAAAAGCUCUUGGUUCAACAUUAGAUGAAAUUUUAGGAUAUGAAUUUAAACGAAAUGUUAUAUUAUCUCAACAACCUAUUACAGUUAAAGUGAGUGCUAUUAUAACAAUGAUUAUAUUUCUCAUAGGUCUCAUUAACUGUAUUUUAUCAAUGAUAAUUUUCCGAAGAGAAGCAUCACAAAAAGUUGGCUGUGGCAUUUAUCUUUUGACUGCAUCAAUUAAUUCAUUAGCAAUUAUGAUAUUAUUUACAUUGAAGUUUUGGCUACUUUUUCUGUCUUAUCAAUUAACUUUAGAAGAACGUGGUUUACAAACUAUUCUUCUUUUAAAUUGUCGAAUUGUUGAACCACUUCUAAAAGUUAUAUUAUAUAUAGAUAAAUGGCUCCAUGCUUGUGUCGCUAUAGAACGAAUUAUUUCCGUACGACAAGGAAUUAAUUUUGAUAAACAGAAAAGCUUAAGAGUUGCUAAAUAUAUUAUUAUAACAGUGAUUUUAAGCAAUUUUGCUAUUUGUAUUCCACAAAUAAUUGACCUUCGUGUUUUUACUGAUAAAACUGAAGAACGAAGCUGGUGUGUUGUUACAUAUACAUCAUUUCUACGAAUAUAUAGUUUUACAUUAAUUAUAUUUCAUUAUAUGGGUCCAUUAGUAAUUAACUUUAUUUCAGCUAUUACUAUUAUUAUAAUAACUACUCAUCAACGAUCAACUUGUCAAAAAAAUCUUAGUUUCAAAAAACAUCUUAUAACUAAAAUUAGACAACAUAAACAUCUUUUAAUUAGUCCUAUGGUUAUUAUAAUUUUAACAUUACCACACUUAAUAAUUUCAUUUAUUUUAAAAUGUGAUAAAUCAACUCAUCUAUUUUGGUUUUAUCUUAGUGGAUAUUUUCUUUCAUUUAUACCAUCAACAUGUAUGUUUUUAAUUUUUGUUAUACCAUCACCAAUUUACAAAAAAGAAUUCAAACAAGCAAUAUCACAUUAUCGUCGACGAUUUCAUAUAUUCCUCAUAAAUAAUACUACACAAUACUAA